CUGGGAGUGAGUGUAACACCAUUGUCUCCAGUAUCCGCAGACGGGCCUCACUCUGCAAGUCCUACACAACCCUCGGGCCCCUGGGGUUGAUAGUGUACCCGCAGUUUAUGGGGCUCUUGGCUGUGCUCACUAAUGGAUAUUAACUGCUCCAAAUGUGGCCCGUCAUCUGAUCCGCUGAAUUGUUUUAAGGAUUCACAAUCGAUAAUUGUUCCCUGGGCCUUGUUCCAAGCACGGCCCGUAACUCUCAGACGUUCACGGAAUGUGGUUGGUGCUCCCGAAUUGGAGCUCGAAGACUUUUUCCGCUUGUCAGGAGGCCACUCCCAGCGCAGAUGCAGUUUGUGCGGGAUUCUUGGCACACAGCCGUGGAGAUGCCGAGACAAUUUCCAAAGGCCGCUCAGACGGAGGAGGAUAAGCAUGUGCGGAUUAUAGCGGAAAAGGUGUUUGCUUCCGCUCUUCGGGAGGAGGAUACUAAAGAUGCGCUGUCCCUGUUUGACAUCGCUGAGGACUGUCCGAUCGGGAAGCAGGAGGCGAAGGAGAGGGAGCUGCAGAGGGAGAUUGCCGAGCAACAGUCAGAGACAUCGGCUAAAAGGAAGAAGAGUUUCCGGUUGAUCCGAUCACAUUCCCUGUCACUGCAGAUCCCUGUCUGUGAUGCAACAUUCACGCUGGCUUCUCCGGCCAUGACUCCACAGACGCCCAGUCAGCACCUGCCCCUCUUUGGGAUACAGUUACCCUAUGAAGUGCCUGAGUUUCAACGAGUGACCAUUAGUGGGGACUACUGCGCUGGGAUUACUGUUGAGGACUACGAACAUGCUGCCCGGGGGCUGAUAAAAGCUUUAUUCAUUCGAGAGAAGUAUAUGCGCCUCGCCUACCAAACAUUCCCCCGUGUAACGAGACAGUACAUGCGGACGAUCAAGGACGAUCAGUGGCUGGAGGACGAUGAAGUGAUGCCCAGCUUCUACUCUGCCCCCAGAGAUGGUGAGGAUCCCUAUGAUCUGAGCAGUGCUCCAGAGAACUUGGAGUAUGUGGCAAAGAUGAAGGAAGGUGUGAUUUUUGUUUAUGAGAAUAAGGAGAUGAUGGAACAGGAUGAACCCAAAGGUCUCCCCUACCCUGACCUUGAGACCUUCACCCUGGACCUGAGCCACAUCCUUGCCCUCAUCGCUGAUGGCCCCACGAAAACCUACUGCCACCGGAGGCUGAACUUCCUGGGCUCCAAGUUCUACCUGCAUGAGAUGCUGAACGAGAUGGCGGAGCUGAGGGAGCUGAAGGGGGUGCCACACCGCGACUUCUACAACGUCCGCAAGGUGGACACCCACAUCCACGCGGCAGCGUGCAUGAGUCAGAAACACCUGCUCAGGUUUAUCCAGCAGACCAACAAAAAGGAGGCGGACAGGGUGGUCCUGGAGAGGAAGGGGCACAGGCUGACCCUCCGCCAGCUUUUUGCCAGCCUCAAUAUGGAUCCCUACGACCUCACCGUCGAUUCGCUGGAUGUGCAUGCGGGUCGUCAAACUUUUCACCGAUUUGACAAAUUUAACGCAAAAUACAACCCGGUGGGUGCCAGCGAGCUGCGGGAUCUCUACCUGAAGACAGACAACUAUAUCCAGGGAGAGUACUUUGCCCGCAUCAUCAAGGAAGUCUCCCGGGAUCUGGAGGAGAGCAAGUAUCAGUACACCGAGCCUCGGCUCUCGAUCUACGGAAGGUCAGCGACUGAGUGGAGUAACCUGGCCAAGUGGUUCAUUAAACACCAAGUCUACUCUCCCAACGUCCGCUGGAUUAUACAGAUUCCACGCAUUUACGACAUCUUUCGAAGUAAAAAACUCCUGCCAAGUUUUGGGAAAAUGUUGGAGAAUGUUUUCCUGCCUCUGUUUGAAGCAACGAUCAAUCCGAGAGAAAACCGGGAGCUUCACCUCUUCCUGAAAUACGUGACCGGGUUUGAUAGUGUGGACGAUGAAUCCAAACACAGUGCUCACAUGUUCUCCACGAAGAGCCCGAGCCCCGAGGAAUGGAGCCGAGAGCAGAAUCCGCCCUACAGCUACUACCUCUAUUACAUGUACGCCAACAUCAUGGUCCUCAACAACCUGCGCAAGGAGCGAGGCCUCAGUACCUUCCAAUUUCGGCCCCACUGUGGAGAGGCUGGCUCCAUCACACACCUCGUCUCCGCCUUCCUCACAGCGGACAACAUUUCCCACGGACUCAACCUCAAGAAGAGUCCCGUUCUUCAGUACCUGUACUAUCUCACCCAGAUCCCCAUCGCAAUGUCCCCCCUGAGCAACAACAGCCUUUUCCUGGAGUACUCCAAGAACCCAAUGCGGGAGUUCCUCCACAAGGGCCUCAAGGUGUCGCUGUCCACUGAUGACCCAAUGCAGUUCCAUUAUACCAAGGAGGCUCUGAUGGAAGAGUAUGCAAUUGCUGCACAAGUCUGGAAGCUCAGCACAUGCGACCUGUGUGAGAUUGCGAGGAACAGCGUGCUCCAGAGCGGCCUCUCCCAUAAGGAGAAGCAACACUUCCUCGGAGUGAACUACCUGAAAGAAGGGCCCGAGGGCAACGACAUCCGCAAGACCAACGUGGCUCAAAUCCGCAUGGCUUUCCGCUACGAGACCCUGUGCAACGAGUUGUCCUUCCUGGUGGAUGUGGUGAAAUCACCAGAGAUGAGUGGGUUACUGGAUUAGCAGUGGCCAACACCUCCAGCCAGGCCAGUGGUGGAGACGCACAACCUUGUAGUAAUCCUGACUGAAACUACACUGGGAGAUAGAGACCUGAUAACAAAGUGGCCACCUCACCAGCUGAAAACCAAAUUAGUGCAUGUAAUUCACUAUAUUAUAAUACUCAUAGCCUGAUGCUUUAGAUAUUAACUUAAAGUAAUCUAUUUUGAAAGUAACCUUAGUGCAAAUAGCAUGUAUAUAAGGGAGUGUAUAAAGUGUACAGCACACUAUUGAAACUAAACUGGAAAGAUUUGAUUUGUACAGUCAACCAGAAAUAAAAGAAAGAUUCAACUGAAUGGUGGAACUCUGGUCAUUACUCAUCAAGUUCCAGAACUGUUACUUUAAUAGAACAGGGAACAGCCCAGGCCCUUCGGCCUUAAUGUUGUGACGACUUUUAACCUUUUCUUAAAAUCAAUCUGGUUCUUUAAGGUUGUUAUAGCCAAGAGCGGUAGUGGCGAUAAACUCCCGCAAUUAAAUGCUCCGAAUAGCGUGCAUCACAAGUAGCCUCUAACAACCAAGUCCAGCCCAUGUGUGGCUUAACUAUUAAGCCUGGCAAGCCCAAUUUCUACUGACAGAAGGGGCAAAGGUGGGUAACUGGUGCCUUAAAACCAGUUGUUUUGGAUAGAUGGUCAUCGUCAGCCAUGGUUGGCAGCUCAUCUAGUAAGGAAAACUCUAAUCUCAAACCCCUGCUGUCUUGUGGCUAUACCCACUCAUGGGGAAGGCUUCGGGAAUAAAUCCAGUGGAAAAAUUUGGAGUUUGAGUCCCUAAGACAGACCAAGUUGAGUUCAAUGCUGACUAGCCACUCCUGCGAGGCCACUGAUGCCAAACUGCAUCAGUCUCACUAGUCAGAGGAACAGACAGGAGAUUCUGUGGACGUGAACGGGACACUCAGAUGGUAUGUUGCCUCCCAGGUGUCAGAGUUAGGGACAUCUCGGAUUUCUGAGUCCACAGCAUUUUAGGGAGAGAGGGGGUGCAGCCAGAUGUCUUGGUACAUAUUGGUACCAAUGACAUAGGAAAAAAAAGCAAUGGAGUCCUGAAGAGAGAAUUUCAAGAGCUAGGUAGAAAGCUGAGAAGCAGGACCUCCUGGGCAGUAAUUUCUGGAUUGCUGCCAGUGCCACGUGCUAGUAAGUGUAGAAACAGGAUGAUCUGGCAAUAAAUGUGUGGCUGGGAAGCUGGUGCAGGGGGCAGGGCUUCAGGUCCUUGGAUCAUUGGGAUCUCUUCUGGGGGUGGUAUGAUCUGUACAAAAGGGACAGGUUGCACCUGAACCAGAGGGGGACCAAUGUUCUUGCCGGAGUUUCUGGGUAAAAUGAGGAAGGUGCAAGACAGGUAUAUUCCAAACUUGAAGAAAUACUCAAAUUGUAAACUAGUACAACUGUGGCUGAGCUAAUGUAAAAACAAAAGAGAGGGCAUACAACAAGGCAAAAAUUAGCAGGAAGUUGGAGGAUUGAGAAGCUUUUAAAAACCUACAGAGAACAACUAAAAGGAUCAUUAGUAAGAAAAAGAUGAAAGCAAGCUAGCAAACAAUAUCAAAGUGAAUAGUAAAAGCUUUUUCAAGUUAUGUAAAAAAUAAAAGAUGGGAGUGGAUACAGGACCAUUAGAAAAUGAGUCCGGAGAGAUAAUAACGGGGGACAAGGAGAUAGCAGAUGAACUGAAUGAGCAUUUUGCAUCAGACUUCACUGUAGGAGGUACUAGCAGUGUGCCAGAUAUUGUAGUGUGUGAAGAACUGCACGUAGGAUUGCUAGAAAGACAAAUCAAAACCCCCGUUUGACUGCAAAAGACCUUCAGGAAGAUUUAGCAGACUCUGGAGUGGUGGUGCACUGUUCUACUGUGCAGUGACACCUGCACAAAUAUGACCUUCAUGGAAGAGUCAUCAGAAGAAAACCUUUCCUGCAUCCUCACCACAAAAUUCAGUGUCAGAACUUUUGCAAAGGAUCAUCUAAACAAGCCUGAUGUAUUUUGGAAACAAGUCCUGUGGACUGAUGAAGUUAAAAUAGAACUCUUUGGCCGCAAUGAGCAAAGGUAUGUUUGGAGAAAAAGGGUGCAGAAUUUCAUGAAAAGAACCCCUCUCCAACUGUUAAGCACGGGGGUGGAUCGAUCAUGCUUUGGGCUUGCGUUGCAGCCAGUGGCACGGGGAACAUUUCACUGGUAGAGGGAAGAAUGAAUUCAAUUAAAUUCCAGCAAAUUCAGGAAGCAAACAUCACACCGUCUGUAAAAAAGCUGAAGAUGAAAAGUGGAUGGCUUCUACAACAGGAUAAUGAUCCUAAACACACAAUGGACUACCUCAAGAGGCACAAGCUGACAGUUAUACCAUGGCCCUCACAGUCCCCUGACCUAAACAUCAUUGAAAAUCUGUGGAUAGACCUCAAAAGAGCAGUGCAUGCAAGACAGCCCAAGAAUCUCACAGAACUAGAAGCCUUUUGCAAGGAAGAAUGGGUGAAAAUCCCCCAAACAAGAAUUGAAAGACUCUUAGCUGGCUACAGAAAGCAUUUACAAGCUGUGAUACUUGCCAAAGGGGGUGUUACUAAGUACUGUCAUGCAGGGUGCCCAAACUUUCGCUUCAGGCCCUUUUCUUUUUUUGU